AUGCGCACUCGCUCCUCGGCUCCUGCGUCCGAGCAAUCCAAGCCGGAUCAACCCUCCAAACCGCCGCUGACGACCGAGAAACCCGGCAAGACAUUCAUCCUCCCUGCUUCCGCCAGCGACCAAGCUCGCUUCCUCCAAUUGCCCAAUCCCCAGACCGGAGAACUCACGCGCUAUUACUUUUGCCCAAAGCAGGGAAUCUACGAAUUCACCGUGGUUGCAUCUUCAUCGCAGUCCCCCCGAAGUGUCCUUUUUACCCCCAAGGCGGAGACCAGUCCGACAUCACCGGAUGGGAAACAUUCACGGCCCGGAAAUGCGACCAUCGCGAAGACUGCGCAAUUGUUGAUUGCGACGCCCAUAGAUGUGCUCUUCUUCUUGAUUCCCCUUCUAUGCCCGACUUCGUCCCAGGCGAAAGGCCUCUUCCAACCCCUGGACGACGUCAUCGACUCGCAGGACGACCUACCCAAGCACUUCCGGCAUGUUCUCUACGAUGAAUCGUUCAGGCAUGUCCUGCAGGCGCGAGCGGAGGCGAUUUGCGAUUCGGUGGAGGCAGGGGACGAGAAAAUGCUCCGAUUCAGUGAGGCGAAAUUUCUCCAGGAAUUGAUUGCCAAAGCAGAGCGGAUGGUCGCACUGGGACUUCCCCCCAGCAUGGAAGACCGCUUUAUCCGCCAAGCGCUGUCUACGCCGUUGAUGUCUGUCAAGCGAGAGGAUUCUUCGACCAAUGCGGCGUCCUCCAAUACUACCGAAGGCGAAGCAACGCCACAGGACGACAAAGAGACACCAGCAACAACAGCAAGCUCGACGUCGGUCCCUACACCCUCCGACGUAUCCACCCCUGCUACAGAAGUGCCACCAAAUGCACCAGCUGCUUCGGACGAUGUGGCUCGUCUCCUGAGGAUCUCCACGGCUCUAACCUUCAUGAAGGAUUCCUACCUGUCUGCGGCUCUGCGUGCCAAGGUCGACGAGCUGCUCUCCGGCUCCGCGAGCCCUAUAGACUUCAAGCCGAUGCAUGAUCAUCUCAAGCAUGUAGCGGAGCUUCGCGCAGAGGCGCUCGCGUCCCGGUCCUUGGGCGACUUCAGCCGGAAGCGAGAUGUCGAUGACGAUGAAGGCGCCGAGUCCCGGGCGGAGAAGAAGCGCCGCAAGGAAGAAGAAGAGAAGAAAAAGAAGGUGGGAGAGUCUCGCGGAGUCCGGGACUUGAAGAAGGUGAACACCACGGGAAUGAAGAAGAUGAGCGACUUCUUUUCCAAGGCGGCCGCCAAGAAGAAGUCCUGA